GAAAUGGCGCAGCGUAAGUAAAAUGUGGAUUGUGUCGCAUGUUAAUGACGUCGAAAUACUCUUUGUCGCAAAGAUUAACACACGAGGGCUAGAGAGUGAAUAUCUCGAGCAUAUUCAGCCGUCAUGGGAAAACAGAAGAAACAGAAAAAAUAUGCUACCAUGAAAAGAAUGAUCAGUUUGAAGGAUCAGAGGAUAAAACAACAGGACAGAGCAAAAACACAAAAGAAGAAGAAAGAAGAUCCGUCAGCCAUUAAAGAACAGGAAGUCGCAAAGUAUCCAUCUUGUCUGUUCUUUCAAUACAACACCCAGCUUGGACCUCCAUAUUACAUCCUUGUUGAUACCAACUUUAUCAACUUUUCUAUUAAGGCCAAAUUAGAUGUUGUCCAGUCAAUGAUGGACUGUCUUUAUGCUAAAUGUGUUCCUUGCAUAACAGACUGUGUGAUGGCUGAGCUUGAGAAAUUAGGAAUGAAGUUUCGAGUGGCUUUGCGGAUUGCCAAAGAUCCCCGCUUUGAACGCUUGCCUUGCUCACACAAAGGAACGUAUGCUGAUGACUGCUUGGUACAAAGAGUAACACAGCACAAGUGUUACAUUGUGGCCACGGUGGACAGGGACCUAAAAAGGAGGGUUCGGAAGAUCCCGGGAGUCCCAAUCAUGUACAUCUCCAAUCACAGGUAUAACAUUGAGAGAAUGCCCGAUGAUUAUGGCGCACCACGGUUGUAGUACUCAGAAGUGUUUUUUUUUUUAUCUUGUUUUUUUUGGGGGU